UGGCAUUGCUAAAUAUACAUCAGCAACUGUAAUCACUUCAGAAGUCUUUGUUUUAAUGAUCGUUUCUGCGUUCUGAAUAUUUUCGCUUCAAGCUCAAUUGGCGCAGUAGAUACACUCUUAAAAAUAAAGGUUUCUGAAAGAGGGGUUUGCAAUAAAGAACCAUUUUUGGUUGCCCUUUAGGUGAACCGUUUUUAAAACGACCACUUUCAUAAUCUUUAAUAAUCUCAAGAACCUUCUUCCACUUUUUGGUCAAUGCAUUGUUGCAUGGCCCUCUGUUGUAACCUUUGUGCAUGCAUGAGACUCAAACUCAGAUUGUCCUGCCUGAUAUAUAUAUCUAUGUAUGGCAUCCCAAAAGCAGGUUUGACCCCUCGCUCCGUGGGCCGUGGGGGUAGAGACCGCUAGUGUCGCCCUCCUCUUGGGCCUUUGUUACCCCUUCAGCUUUUGAGUGUGCAGAAGCUCAGCAGAGCUGUGUGUUUAAGUGUCCCACAGGGAGCUGAAGGUGAAGCUGGGGGGUGGAGGAGGGAGCAGACAGGUGCAUGAUUAUACACAGACGGGGAGCAGGUGGGGUCACUUCAGACAGAGCCCUGCUUCAACAUCCACACUUUUACACUGGACAUCAAGUGCCAGAAUGAUUCAUCAAUAAACAAAAGUAGAUAUAAAUUAGGAUUAGGAUGAGGGAAACAUCUGUGUCUGGAUCUGUCAAGCGUACGAGUAACAGAUGCAUGUGUGCUGAAAUAAUGUAGAGUUUGACUGGGCAGAAUUCAAAGCUGUAACUGAAAUACUUUUAUAGAUGUGCUUCGUUAGUUUAUUUCACUACGUGCACAAAUGGAUAGUUGCAAUGUAUCCUUUUGCAUUUACCAUAUUUCUGUGAAUCUGAUGCUGUGUAGAUCACUUAAUGCCACCAGGAAGUAAAAAACAAGUAACUGAAAACUAGAAACUAGUCUUUUUAACCUUAAACUGCAUAAACAUAUUACACCAAAUACAUAAAAUAAUGUUAUUUUUAGCAACGUCAUAUAACCCCAUAUGGUAAUCCAAACUGGCAUCAAAUGUGAGAAGUGCUAUCUCUGAAUAGUUUAAGCGUGUUCUAGUUGGCGUGUGCAUUGGAAAUGGCCGUGAUUAUGUGUGAGUCAGGAAUGCUGGGUAAUCAGACGUUUAGGGCUGGGGGGGAGGUGAAGUGAACACAACAGCACCUGCACCCUUCAGGUAAAUGAGGAGCAGAGGAAGAGGAGGAGGAGGGAGUCUCUGGGGAGAGAAGCUCGGCUGUAGGGUAAUUAACCUGCAGAGACCUGAUCAUGGAAACUUUUACAGCUGAGAAGCCUUGGGCUGCGUGUACGGUCGAGCGCCGCUGCUCAAACACGGCUUGUUUACCUGCCGCAUUAAUGCUCGCAUGCACGGGAGCAAGAACAACCAAUGCAAUUAUACAUAGUUUCUUACAUUAAUGAUUUCAGCAAUACUGCAUUCAAGAGGAACGUCAGCUGUUGCUUUUGAAAUCUCAUCGGCUUAAAGCGCGCCAUGCAGACCCCCGAGGCCGGCGCUGACUCCACGUCCAGCGUGCCGCUCCAGACCAGCGUGCCUGUGCCGUCUGCGGUCAGUGUCCAGCAGGUGGCGUCUCAGGUCCAGCAACAGGCGCAGACUGUUCAACAGGUCCAGCAUGUGUAUCAAACACAGGUGCAGUACGUUCAGGAGGAAAACAACCCCGGUUACACCAACGGGACCAUACGGACGUAUUCAUACUCAGAACCGCAGCUGUACAACCAGAACAGCGGCGGGAACUACUUCGACACGCAGGGCAGCUCGGCUCAGGUGAGCUCUCACAGUUUGACCAACAACGGGAACGGUGCUCUGGCCAUGGGGCUGUCAGGAGGACAGAUCAUCAGCAGCUCAGGAGCGUAUCUGAUUGGAGGAAACUCCAUGGAUGGCUCCGCCCCUCACAGCACGGCUCAGACCACUAGAGCCUCCCCCGCCACGAUUGAAAUGGCGAUUGAGACGCUCCAAAAGUCUGAAGGUUUGUCCAGUCAGAGAAGUUCGCUGCUCAACAGUCAUCUGCAAUGGCUCCUGGAUAAUUACGAGACGGCGGAGGGCGUGAGUCUGCCGCGCUCCACGCUCUACAGUCACUACCUGCGCCACUGUCAGGAGCAGAAGCUGGAUCCCGUCAACGCUGCGUCCUUCGGGAAGCUCAUCCGCUCCAUCUUCAUGGGGCUGCGCACACGCCGCUUGGGCACCCGAGGGAACUCUAAGUAUCACUAUUACGGGAUCCGUGUGAAGCCGGACUCUCCUCUGAACCGGUUGCAGGAGGACAUGCAGUACAUGGCAUUGAGACAGCAGCCCGUCCAGCAGAAGCAGAGAUUCAAGCCGGUACCGAAGAUUGACGGUGUUUCGGGGGAGAGCUUCUCCAGCGGGGGCCACACACCCAGCGCUGCGGAGCAGACCUUCAUCGCUCAAAGCCAGCAUCAUCAGCAGUUCCUCGACGGGUCCAUAGCUCUGCCAGAGUUCACUGAACUUGACCUCGGAGAGCCUGUGGAAGGCGUCGGACCAGAGGACGUCAAAGCCCUUCAGACGCUGUACAGAGAGCACUGCGAGGCCAUUUUGGACGUAGUGGUGAACCUUCAGUUCAAUCUAAUCGAGAACUUGUGGCAGACUUUCUGGCGCUAUUCUCCAUCCAGCUCUGUAGAGGGCGUCACCAUCACUGAAAACAGUGGUCUGAGUGAAAUCGAGGGCCGCCUGCCGCGGACCGGACUGAUUCUGCUCUGUGGAAACGAGGCAGUGCUAAAGUGGAUGAACACCUGUGAUCAUCUGAUGUACCAGGCCCUCGUGGAGAUCCUCAUCCCUGAUGUUCUGAGACCCAUUCCUAGUGCCUUGACUCAAGCCAUCCGUAAUUUUGCCAAAAGCCUUGAGGGCUGGCUCACCAACGCCAUGAGCAGCAUCCCUCAGAGGAUGAUCCAGACCAAGGUUUCUGCUGUUAGUGCCUUCGCUCAGACGCUGCGCAGAUACACGUCUCUGAAUCAUCUGGCGCAGGCGGCCCGUGCAGUGCUGCAGAACACCUCCCAGAUCAACCAGAUGCUCAGCGACCUCAACCGGGUCGACUUUGCCAAUGUUCAGGAGCAGGCCUCGUGGGUGUGCCAGUGUGAAGAGGGCGUAGUUCAACGCCUCGAGCAGGACUUCAAGGCCACCCUCCAGCAGCAGAGCUCUUUGGAACAGUGGGCAGCUUGGCUGGACAACGUGGUCACUCAAAUACUCAAGCCGUACGAGGAUAAACCAUCCCUCCCCAAAGCUGCACGCCAGUUCCUGCUCAAGUGGUCCUUCUACAGCUCUAUGGUCAUCAGAGACCUGACCCUCCGCAGCGCGGCGAGUUUCGGCUCGUUCCACUUGAUCCGGCUGCUGUACGACGAGUACAUGUUCUAUCUGGUGGAGCACCGCGUCGCACAGGCCACAGGAGAGACGCCCAUCAGAGUUAUGGGAGAGUUUCAGGACCUGAAUAACAUGUCACCUGCCAACAUCGACAAAGACGAGGUGAGUGAGAUGGACAGUGAUCUGGACGAGGAGAUGGAGGAGAUGGAGGAGUGUGACGAGCCUCUGGCCAAGCGGGAGAAAGCGGAGCCCGAGGUCAUGCAGGUGGAGGACGGCAGCGGCGCGGUGCUGAGCGUGGUUCAGUCCAGCAUGCUCAGCGCUUCACCCUCGAGCGAACACAUCCUCAGCUCGAGCGGAACCAGCACCAUCCGCCACUGCAGCAGUCUGGGAAACACAUACGCCUCGGUCUGAGAGCCUUUCAGUGCAUCUGUCUCCAACACAUCUGUCCUCAUCCUCAGCAGAAACACAGACUCUCGCUGAGAUCCUCAAGCUCUAGCAAACCAACUCCAGCAUGUGACGAGAUGCUGACCGUACAGUUUAAACCCCUCAUGUUCCCAGGUGAAGAAAAAUAAUGCACUCUGAUUUUGUGCUUAAUAUACUGAAAAUGAUUCUUUAGUACGUCUUUAAGAUCAUCUAAGAGUCUGUUUUAGGACACCAGAAACAUAAACUAAAAUGUACUUCUAACACACUGCAAAAGAUUUAUUUACUGUACAAGUACAAUGAUUUGAGAUAUUAAGUCUUGUUUUCUAAAAACAAGCAAAAAUAAUCUUAAUUCAGAGGCUAAACAAGAUUAUUUUUUAAAUAAUAAAAUUUUUUAAAUAAUUUUACUUGUUCAGUAAAAUAAUCUUGAUUCAAGAAUUUGUAGAAAUUUAGAUAUAAAUACCAAGAUAGUUUUUUUUUUUUGCAGUGUACUAUCUCUGUAUUUUACAAUUGUUUUUAGUUCACACUUGUACACUCAAGCGGUGACUAAAUACAUUUUUAAAUGCACAAAUAGUAUGCAAAAAUGGUGUCCCAAAAUAGUGUCCCACAGUUGAGUACACACAUAAGUUUAAGUACUAAAGAGUAAUGUUUUGUAUAUUAAGAACAAAAUGAAUGCGGAAAACUGCACUUUUGUUUUUUAGUUAAGAGAAAACACUUGUGUCUGACCCAGAUCUCCAGCCCAAGCCUCUGGCUCCAGGGAACCGUCCCAUUAUCACUGCUCUGCUCAUAGUUCAGUCAUGUUUAGAUCGUGUUAUCGAAGCAGGCUAGACAUCUUGUACCAGACGUAAUGAGCUUGCCUUCUCACCUUCUCUGCUUGUGUUUCCAAUUGCCUUCUGUUUGUGGAUUUAGUCGUCUGCUAGCUUGAAAAUGAGUUUUUUUCUUGGUCAGAUAUGCUGCAUGUGUGAACUGCAUCGUGGGUCUUUUUCUUUUUACUAAUUGGACCAAAAACACAAGUGUGAGAGACAACAGGGCGGUUUUGAAGCUUGGGUGCUUCUCGUGCAGAACAGAGCGAAUGUCAGGGAUUCUGUGUACCUCGGGUUCAUCUUAGUGCCUUAACCCCAAACAACAGCUUUCCAUUCGGUCUGUAGUGAAACCACACGCCAGAGAAUACUCCUAGCGAGCGUCUGCGGCCCAUUCAUCACGUGGAUGUGUUUGUGAUCAGUAACUGGAGACCGCGUGGAUCUGGCCGAGGUGUUUGUCGUCGUGUGUAUCUUGUGGCUCUACCUCACUUAAACACAUCCUGACGGGGUCGUGUCUCUUAAUUGCUGACCCAUGGGUCGUCAUCAGCUGCCCUGUAAAAACACGACUCGUGCACCAAACGCUGAUGAAUAUCAGUGAAGAUAAAGAGUUUAUAAGUUGGGUCUCGCUCACAAACGAGCAGAUUUCACUAUCAAAACAUUUACGUAAAUUAUGCUACUGAAUAAUUUGAUGAAUGAGUUGUAUACAUUUUUCUUUUGUGCGGUCAAAUUAAUAAUUGCAUCCAAAAUAAGUUUUUGUUUACAUAAUAUAUGUAUGUGUACGAUGUAUAUUUUUAUAUAAUAUGUGUGUGUGUGUAUGUAUGUGUGUGUAUAUACACAUACACACCCAAAUAAUAAUGUAAUUUACAAUAUAUUAUAUAUAAAUAUUUAUGUAAACAUCACAUUUUCUUUAAAUGUACACAUGCAUAAUAUAAAUGAAGCAUUUAUUUGGAAAAAUAUAUUUAUUUAAUUUUUUAUUGACAUUCUAAUUGAUCUCAAUCCAACUGCAGUUGGGUUAGUUUGAUAUAAAGUAAAAAUAACAACAACAACAAAAAAUACAGCUAACUUACACAAUUUAAAAAAAAGUUAACAUUAAAGUUAAAAAACAAAUUCUGCAAUUAAACUCUUUUAU